AAAAGGAAGAAACAGAAAAGAGGAAGCGAAACUUCAGUUCCAAAAAGGCAGCAGAUAUCAGUGUGGAGAGAAGACUGACGAAGAAGAAGACGAAACAGUUAUUCUGUGGAGGGAGAGACUGAACGUGUUGAGCAUCGAAUAUCAAGGAUGUUUGUUCUCAUCUGGUCAACUCUGUUUUUCUCCGUAAGAGGCAGCAAUGCUGACAAAGGUGCCUCAGCCUGGGGACGACAACACUGUAGAGACAGAGGAAUCUGUGCUACUCUGAGUGAGCGAGAACUAACAGCAGAGGCUGGACUCUGUGUUGUGAUCCCGUGUUCUUUCACUACUGCUGCUAACUUUACACCCAAACAUAUAAUUUGGUACAAAUGUGAAAGACCUAAAAAUUGUAGUGGUGCUCCCACAAUAUUUCACAGUAACAACAAAAACGUUCAGUCUGGGUUUGAAGGACGAGUGUCACGUUUGGAGCCUGAUGUGAGUCAGAAAAACUGCAGCAUCAUCAUUAAUGAUCUCAAAGAGUCUGAUUCUGGAUUUUAUCAGCUCAGAGUUACUGGUGAAUGGAAUGGGAAAAGAAAUGGAUCCUCAUUCAAUCAGAGAGUGACUGUCUCUGUUAACGGUCUUAAACAGAAGCCCACAGUAAUGGUUCCCACACUGACAGAGGGACAGCAGGCCACACUGACCUGCACUGCUCCUGGUCUCUGCUCUGGAUCUGUUCCUCAAAUCACCUGGACAUGGAGAGGAGCAGGAGGGACUGAAUCUUACAUUACAGGAAACAGCACUGAUUUCAAGACAGAGAAUCUGACUGAUGUUACACGAAGAUAUGUCUCAACUUUGACCUUUAACCCUUCAGCUGAACACCACAACACCAAUUUCACUUGUAAAAUCCACUUCACAGGUGAAACGACUACAGAAAAGACUUCAGGUUUGAAAGUAAACUAUGUGAAGGAGGUUAAGAUCACUGGUGUUACAACUGUCAGGGACGGUGAGGCUCUGAAUCUGACCUGCAAUGUUCACAGUUUCCCUCCAUCUCUGAUUAUUUGGUCUAAACUUGGUUCCAAUGAAAAGCUUCACACUGACACUGGAUCAGCCAAUCUUGUCAUCACCAAUGUAACAGCAGGAGAUGCUGGACAGUACGUCUGCACAGCUAAAUAUAUGAAAAAAAGACCUAAGGACAAAGUCAACGUCACAGUGAUAUAUACAAGGAGCUUACAGAUCAUUGGAAAUGUUCUGAAUCUGACCUGCAGUGUUGAAAGUUUCCCUCCAACCCUUAUUGUGUGGAAAAAAUGUAGAUCCAAAACCAAACUUCAUAGUGAAACUUACACUGACCUUCACAGUGACACUGGAUCAGCUACCCUUGUCGUUUAUAAUGUGACAACAGAACAUUCUGGACAGUACAUCUGUACAGCAAAAUAUUUGAACACGACUCUUAAAUCAUAUGUCAAUGUGAUUGUGUCUUAUAAAAGGACACCUCAAAUCAUUGGAAACACAACUAUCAAGGAGGGAGAUGACCUGAAUCUGACCUGCAGUGCUGAAAGUGUCCCUCCAUCUAUUAUUAUGUGGUCUAAAUUAAGUUCGAAGGCAAACCUUCAUAACGACACUGGAUCUGCUACACUAGUCAUCCCAAAUGUAACAGCAGAACAUUCUGGACAGUACAUCUGUACUGCAAAAUACAUGGACAGUGUCUUGGAGAAAGACACCAAUGUAACCGUGAUAUAUACAAGGAGCCUUCACAUCAUUGGAAAUACAACUGUGAAGGAGGGAGAUGUUCUGAAUCUGACCUGCAUGGUUGAAAGUUUCCCCCCAGCUCUUAUUGUGUGGAAAAAACGUAGCUCCAACACAGACCUUCAUAGAGGAACCUACAGUGAAUUGCACAAUGACACUGGAUCUGCUACACUUGUCGUUUAUAAUGUGACAACUGAACAUUCUGGACAGUACAUCUGCACAGCAAAAUAUAUGAACACGACUCUUACAUCUUAUCUCAAUGUCACUGUGUCUUGGUUUUCAAACAUACAGAAUGGCUCUGGAUGUGUGCUUCAGUCAGAGGUUUUGACCUGUGUGUGUAUCAGUGAAGGGUUUCCUUUACCUACUAUCAAUUGGCCGCUACUGAAGAACCACACUGAGUACUCUGUCAUUACUACUGUGUCAAACCACACAGUCAACAGCACUGUCAGUCUAACUGUAAAAAGCCAUGGCAACAGCACUGUCGAAUGUGUUAGGAACAAUGGAAAUGGAGAAGAAAGAGAAAUCCUCCUUAUCCAUCAAAGCUUGUCUGAAAAACAUGAGAAAUCAUCUGGUCUCAGGCUGGCAUACCUGAAAGUCACCAUUGCCUUUUUGACUGGGGUACUUUUUUCAGCAGUCCUUUGUUGUUUGGCCAAACAUUGUUACAGAAACAAACAAAAGACUUCCAGAAGUUUGGAGAUGAGGACACAUCAAGAUGAUAAACUGGUCUAUGAUGGUCAAGCAUUACAGGACAAUCUGACUCUUAACUCAAACAGCGGGCCAAAAGAAGUGGAGUAUGCUGACAUUGAUUUUUCCUUGUUGAAAAGAAAUGGUGCCAGAGAGGCAGCAAGGAGGCAAGAGAGCACAAAGACAAUAUAUGCUGAAAUUAAGAAAGCAGUCGAAGAACGGGAAGAUGAUGCUGAAGAGGAAGGUGAAAUGCUGGAGGUCAAAGAGGGGGAGAUGGUAGUGGAGAUGGAGAUGAAAUACCGUGAGCCAGAAAAGGAGAUAGAAAUGGGAAAGGAGAGAGUGUACUCCACUGUGAAUGAUGUUACUGAUGAAAUUUGAGGAAUGUUUUAUUGUGGAGUUGAUUGGGAUAAAGAAUCUCUCAUCACAUGUUAUGAACAUCACGCCUUUACAUACAACAGCAGGAACUAUGCAAACUUACCGAAGUAUGUGUGUGUGUAUAAAAUAACCUUUCUACAUAUAACCAUUUAACCUAAGAACCGUAUGGUUCUGGUACAUAAAGAUUGCACAGUUAUUGCUAUUAACAGUAGAGAUACUGCACAACAAAAUAGGAACAAAAAAAGCUUAAAUAUGCAGAAGUGUUCGCAGACAAGCUGUAUGCAGAUGAAAUGACGAAAUGCCAAAAGAGGGAAAGUUUCUUUUCUUUUCUUCUUUAAGCUCAUUAAUGCAUUUGAUCUUUCUUAGGGAACAUCCUUCUUUAUUUAUAUUACUGUUUACUAAUAUAUGCACAUAUGAACCAGUAGGAAAGCAAUGAAUUAAUGGCAAUACAAUGGGCCAGUACGCGCUGAAUGCUGUUGAAGUGAUGUGAAGAUAAAUGGUGUGUAUAUGUUAUGUUUUCUAUCUGAUAUUGUAGGCUCUUUAUUUGACAGUGGAAAGACUGUUGAAGUGAUUGAAAUACAAUAAAACUGAAAUUAAUGUAUAAAUUGUAAUGAAUUCAUUUUACUGAAAUUUCCGUUUCUUAAGAUAAUAAGAGUUUUCAGGACUAGG